AUGUCUGAAAUCAAAGAUAUGGAAGUUACGGUCACGAUAGAGCAACCUGAAGUAAUAAUUAAUAAUGACAACGAUAAAGGUAAAGGAAAACAAAUUGACUUUGAAGAUUUGACAAUUGAUAUCGAAGAAAAUAACGGGAACGAAUGGACCGAAGUAACAAAUAAAAAGAAAAAGGCAAAAAACAUAGACAACACGGCAAUAGAUCCUGAAGUAAUAGAAGAAGAUAAAGAAUCA